AUGGCCAUGGAAGCCAAAAAUGUCACUUUCGACCCCGCCAACAUGUACUCCUCGAAAAAGAAGGCCAAGGUCCAGGAGAAGGAGGCUAUCAUCAAGUUGGUGUUUAGCCAAGCGCCAGCCGGUACUGUGCGCGCAACCGUCAUCAAUGGCUGGCACACCAGCCCUAGCGACGGACGGGUGCACUGCACCGCCGAUUACUAUGACGAUGCUGGCGAUGUCAUCCGCCGUGAACACAUUGUUGAAGAAGAUUGA